CCUGCAACGAACUGACAAAGACCACAUAAAGACAUGCACAAUAUAUAACAACCACUAACAAGACACGGCUGGCAACAGAUCGCAAUCAGACCAUAAUGGGUGACGCCCACACAAUCAUUCACUCACACCCAACACACACACACACAACAACACACGAGGGUGAGUAAGUGAAUCCAUGAACCGUGACAAUGUAUUCGCAGGAUACUUUCAGUUAAGCCAUUGGAGGGCAGCCGUAUUUCCAAGGACAUCCAGCCCCCUUCAUUUGCUCCUCCAAGAUUUGGAGUAGCAUUUGUCAGUGGGUCUGUGAGCAGAGCUAGAUUGCCUUGGCAUCUCUCUCUUGCUGCAUAGGCCAGUCAUGCUUGGAUCUUUUUCCAGGGUUACAGCUAACAAAUAAGAGUUAGGAUGGUAGAUCGCGAGAGCAUACGAUUUUCUCAUUUUCUUAUUCUCCCCCUUGGUAGAGUCUAUAGUAAAAUUGUAUGCUCUCCAGUGGGUGGGUUGCUUGGUAGAUGAGAGUUGUUAUGGGCGGAAAAUGCUAAAUACUUUCCCCUAGACAGGUACCUCCUUAAGGUUGAUGCAGGGUAAACGAAAUUAUCGUGGUCAGUCUGCAAACAUCUCUCUACUUCGUCUAUCUCCCUCCCCAACUAUUUGUUGGGUUUUGAAGUAGGGAUAUACACUUCCCUUUGGAUGGGUAGUCUAAUAGGCCUCUUUUAGUAUGAUCCGUGUUAGAAGUGCUGACAAUAGAAGUAGAUUGCCUGUGGGCAUCACUAUUUAUUUAUUUUCGCCUACUACGGUGUAGCUGGAGCAGGGUAGAGAUGGACUGCAUCAUAGAGAAAUGAGUAGCUGCCCACUCCUCGUCCAUGGUCUUUCUCAGUAGGGCACAUGUGCACUCUUGAAAAACUGCAUUUUAAAUCUUUUGACAAACUAAAAGACGUAAAUAAUAUUUGUAUGUAUUAGAAAUGAACUGACCAUCUGUCAUUAACUGACCAGCGUCCACACAAUCAGCUUUUCCCAGCUGCAAGAUCAGAGAAAUGUUUUGCCUUACUGUGUUUUUAAAAAUAGGUAGUACAGAGUCUGAGGUAAAUGCACAGACUGUCUUAUAAAUUCAAGAAUUAAAGACAUUUCCACAAAAACUCACAAGGAAACAUAAACCACUGGGAUUUGCUAUACUUGAUGCUGUUAUUCAGGCACUUAUUGCGGGAAAACACACCAAGGGUUACUUUUUUUUUUCCACAGUCAUUUUGACACACACAAACCAGCCACUGGGAUUCCAUACGUAGUUCAUGACAGAUGCUUUACAGAUAUUUAAAGUGUGAUACUCUCUGAUCAUUCUCUGUACCUUCAACAACAGAGGUGACACAAGCCUGGAGAUUUGCAGUUACAAAGACUUUCUAGAUCGCCAUAUUAUUCAGUGUUUAUAACAGCAUUUAUUGUCUUUUUUAUUGAAUAUGUCUAAUUUUAAUGAUUCUAAAUCUAACAUCACUCAGACUAUAUCACCAGUGGAUCGAGAUUUGAAAACAUUUUUGUCUGUGUCCUCAUGUGUUAUUUUCCUGUAUGUCAAUGGAGUCAUGAUCUUCACUUUGAGGAAAAAGACUAUUUUUCAGGAGGCAUCUCGCUACAUUUUGUUUGGUCACAUGCUUUGGGUCGAUACGCUCAAUCUUGUUAUGAGUGUACUGUUGUUUGUGUUGGCUGUUUGUAGGCUUUUUGUUAUGAAAAUUUUCUGCCUUAUCCUUCUUGUUGCUGCAACAGCUCUCUAUCAGGUCUCUAUAUUAAAUCUGGCUUUGAUGUCACUGGAGAGGUAUGUGGCCAUCUGCAUCCCUCUCAGACAUGCAGAAAUCACCACCUACGGAAGAACUAACAUGGCCAUUGGUGUUGUUUGGAUGUUAAGCUGGAUUAAAUCCCUGUCUCAGAUUAUUAUAUUUUGUUCCAUGGAUACAAACACAGCAAUGCAUUUGUUCUGCUCAAAAACUACUCUCUUCAGGCUACAGGUCUAUAAGCAACUUGAUAUAGGUUUCACUUGUGUAUUUUUUGUAUCUGUGUGUUUUGUUAUUAUCUUUUCUUAUGCUUCUAUAGCAGCUGUGGCUAAAACAGCCUCCUGUGAUAAAAUGUCAGCCAAAAAAGCCAACAAGACUGUUCUGUUGCAUCUAAUACAGCUGGGUCUCUGUGCUGCAUCCAUUUUAGUUGGAGUUAUUCAAGAAGUCAUUUAUGUUUAUACUGACUAUAUGACAUCAUUACAUGUAAUGUAUUUUUGCUUUGUAACGUUUAUGAUUUUCCCUAAAUGUCUAAGUCCACUUAUAUAUGGUCUGAGAGACCAGGCUUUCAGCUGUUUAUUUAAAUACUACUUUACAUUUGGUCUCAAAAAGCAAAAUAGUUGUAAUACAGAGAUGCAUUUAGGGAGAGAAAAAAUAGAUACUACAUAACUGAUGGUAUUUAAAUGUUAUCUAAAAGGCUUAAGUUGAUAAUGGUCUUUUAUUAUUAAGAUACAAAAAUAUAUUUCUCUACAAUUUUAAAAUAUGAAUUUGUGUCUGACGAUGAGAUAUUGGAGAUGAACCACACAAAAAUGACUGACUUGUGGAAAAUCAUUCAAGCAUAUAUUUAACAAUCACACUAAACCACACUUGUCACAAUGUUUUCCAGUGCAGUAACCACAGAUAUGGGAUGUAAAAUGUUUGUUGUCCAUUUAAUCUUAUACAUUAUGACAACUGCUUUUAUCACACUGUCAAUGAAUUCACAGUAGCUGAAAUGAGACUUUAAGCCUCCAAACUUUCUGUAAAUCUAUGAAAUCAGACUAAUAAAUGUGCAACAGUUAAAACAUUUUAUAGGCAUUAUGUCCAUCAUUUGUUCAUAAACAAAAACUCAUAUGAUGUGUUUGUGCAAUCUUUUACAGCUUAUCGUUUUACUGUCUUUUACAAAUACUGGUUGAUUAUUGCAGUGGUCUGUAACAAUACAUGCACAGUUUUUGAUUUCAUCUUUUAACUCAGUUUUGCUUUUUUUUUCUUGUCCAUGUCUCUUAAUAGAGUUUAUCCAUAUACUGUUUGACAUGACUGCUCUGCUGUACCUCCUUUCCGAUGCAAUCUGCACAACCUAUUCAUCCAUCAAUCAUUUUAUUUGGCCCUAUGAUUUGUUUUGAUUAAAUUUGUAGAGGUGGACAUACUGUAAUGUGAAUUCAUCAAGACCCUGCAUAUACACACACAUGCAUACAUACUGAUAAAUGUAUUAAAGUCAUAUAUAUUUAACCUCAUUGAAUGUAAUGUGUAUGAGAAAAGAUGUUUCUUCCAUGGAAUUUAAAAAAAAAUUAAAAAGUAAU